AUGCAACUGCCCUCCGUUCUUGAGCAUCCACUGCUCUACCAGAACCAGCUGCUCCUAAUCAUAGUCAUCAUUGCCACAAUCCCCCUGUCAACGUAUGCCUUAUCAAGUUUCCUGUUCCACCGGACUGCGCGAAUCAAUAGUUCCGGAAAGACACCACCAACCGUCCCCUACUCGAUACCGGGGCUUUACCAUGUUUUCGCACUCUUGACUCAAGGACCUCCCAAAUUCUUUGCAAACAUCAUUAAUACAUAUGGGCGCCUUGCACCCUUUGUUGUUCGAGCUGGCCCGCUCUCUUUCUUAGUCGUUCGAGAUGCGAACCACGUCAAAAAGAUUUUCCAAUCAAGCAAAACUUUGACUCCGACGGCGCUCCACGUUCAAGUAUUUGACAAGGUCAUGGGGUCUCCAAAAGAGGUGUUGGAAAUUUACGGCGCAGUUGGCAGUGGACGAACGGACAGUGAGCAAGUCGACUACGCGCAUCUGACCGUUCCUCGCCUCCAUCUUGUGGGUACAUCCUUGACAUCCAUUGCCGAAGUAUACAUUGCGAUUCUCCGUCGGAAUCUUGCCAAAAAAAGGUUUAAUGUCGAACGAUGGGUCGAAAUCCAGGACCUGUGGUCUUUUUUCCAGGUAGAAAUUACUCGCGCGACUAUGGAAACUCUAUUUGGUUCAGUAAUCUUAGAAGACUACCCUGAUCUCGUACAGGACUUCUGGAAAUUCGAUAGUAAUAUUGAGAACUUCACCCGUGGCCUGCCUCGUUUCAUGAUCCCAUCGGCGUGGGCAGCUAGAGACCGCCUACGCCAGAAAAUCAAGAAAUGGCUUCAGUCUGUCCACGAAGGCGAUGAUUUCGCCAAGCUUGGGGAGGAGGAUCCUUCAUGGGACCAAAAUAUGGGAUCAAAAUUUUUCCAGCAUCGAGACAGUGUCCUUGCGAAAAUUGCGGGCAUGAAUGACGAUGCACGUGCAUCUGAGGCGAUGGCAAUAAUGCAAGGAUCGAAUUCGAACACCAUGCCUUCGACGUUCUGGUAUAUCUUCGAGACCCUUCGAAAUCCAGAUCUAGUAAUGCACCUCACGUCCGAAGUUGAAAAGCGAUACGACGCCAAUUCCGGGUCCUAUGACUUUGCGGCAUUGAGCGGCAUUCCAAUCCUUCAAUCCAUGCACACUGAAAUUGGACGACUCCGGAUGGCAACGGGCGCAAUUCGAACGAACGAAGGAGGUCUUUUCAAACUUGAUGAAAACUGGGUCAUACCCAAAGGAACUUCUGUCAUGAUCUUCUCGCACGAUCUUGCUAUGAAUACCGAGCUGUGGUCGCGAGCCCGGCCAAGGACGGUUGAGAGACCGUUGGAAGACUUUUGGGCGGAACGUUUCCUGAUCCCGGAAAAGUUAUCUCGAGACCAGCCGAAGACGGUAGAAGUGAGUAGGAUAGGCUCUGGAAGGUUUAGCAUGGAGGGAAUUGGGGCGUUGCAUGUCACCUUUGGUGGUGGUCAUCACCUGUGCCCUGGUCGGCACUUUGCAAAAGCAGUGCAAAUCAGCACACUCUCGGUAUUGCUGAGCGAGUAUGAGAUGGAGUUGUGCAAUGUGGGGGCCGCAGAGAGACAAAUACCUCCGGUAAGACGAGCUGCGUAUGGAACUGUGCGGCCGCUGGGCAAUAUACCUGUCCGUAUUCGCCGCAGGGAUAGGGGAAAAGAAUGA